GGCCUACCCCAAAAUAGAGAAAAGAAAGAGAAGAAAGACAUCAAAAAAACUUGUGGAAAUGGAUAGAAACAUCUCAUUCUCUUCACCUCCACAAAACCAAAUUACCAAUUAUCCUUUAUCCUUCAAAUCUUUAGCUCCCAAUUCCCAACUAUAUGCAAGAAAACCAUGCCACCUUCAUUAAGCUUAACACAUCCUUCUUAUCAGUAAUCCUCUACACAUUCAAUCUGUGGAAAUUGUCAGAAUGUUUAUAAACCUCUCCUCAUCCUCUUCCUCUCACUCACUUAUUAGAUUCAUCAAUUCAAAGAGACCAAUUCCGGAUUUUUAUCCAGAAACCAGGACCCAUUUUUGUAAACCUUUAUUAGCUUCUUCAUAUUCAAGACUUUGGAAGAACAACCAGUUUCUACUCAAGAAUAGGAGAUUUAGUCAAGGAAGGAGGAAAAAGUUUACAACUUUGGCUGUAGCUGGGCUUGAUUUUGGUGGGUUUGAGAGCGCUCAGUCAGUUCUUGAAGCAGCCGCCGUCUUGACUGCUAUCAUUAUUGUUCAUGAAAGUGGUCAUUUCUUAGCUGCCUAUCUUCAGGGCAUUCAUGUGAGUAAAUUUGCAGUUGGUUUUGGUCCAGUCUUGGCUAAGUUCAAUUCUAAUAAUGUGGAGUAUUCGAUUAGGGCGUUUCCUCUUGGUGGGUUUGUGGGGUUUCCUGAUAAUGAUCCUGAUAGUGAUAUCCCAGUUGAUGAUGAGAAUUUACUGAAAAAUAGGCCAAUCUUUGACAGGGUGGUUGUUAUCUCUGCUGGUGUGAUUGCUAAUAUAAUCUUUGCUUAUGUGAUAGUUUUUGUUCAAGUGCUAUCUGUUGGAUUGCCUGUUCAAGAAUCGUUUCCUGGGGUUCUUGUUCCUGAUGUUAGGCCAUUUUCAGCUGCUUCAAGAGAUGGUUUAUUGCCUGGAGACGUUAUUUUAGGUGUUAAUGAUGUUGAACUUUCGAAAACGAGCCCAAGUUUAGUUUCUGAAGUUGUUGAUGUUAUUAGGAAAAGUCCCAAAACAAAGGUACUCUUUAGGAUUAGUAGGGGAGAAGAGAAUGUGGAAAUCAAUGUCACCCCUGAUGAGAACACAGAUGGUACUGGCAGAAUCGGGGUCCAAUUAUCACCAAACGUGAAGUUCUCCAAAACUAAGCCGAAGAAUCUCUUGGAUGUUUUUCGUUUCUCUGGCCGUGAAUUUUGGGGCCUAACAUCAAAUGUACUAGACAGUUUGAAACAGACAUUUAUGAAUUUCUCUCAAUCUGCCAGUAAGGUUUCGGGUCCUGUUGCCAUUAUAGCCGUUGGGGCUGAAGUUGCAAAGUCGAACGCUGAUGGCCUUUUCCAAUUCGCUGCUGUUUUAAACCUUAAUCUUGCAGUGAUAAAUCUGCUUCCUCUGCCUGCUUUAGACGGUGGUUCUUUGGCACUAAUCCUCAUUGAGGCAGCUAGAGGUGGGAGAAAGCUGCCAUUGGAAGUAGAGCAACGGAUCAUGUCAUCUGGCAUCAUGCUGGUAUUAGUCCUUGGGAUUUUCCUUCUUGUACGCGACACCUUAAACCUAGAGUUCAUCAAAGACUUAUUAUGACUCUUGGUUUCGAUCAUAUUCCUUGCAUUUUGGUGUAUGAAGUUUCUUGGUUGCCUUGUGAUAUCUUUUACCGGCGACGGUAUACAUUACUUGUUUGGAGCUGUUUUUUAUCUUCUAAUACCAUACAUCAAGUUGCAUUUUUGCAGCUUCUUCAUUUUGAUCUCAAGCCAACGAGUUCGAAAUGACUGUUGUUGAUUCUCAAAUUUAUACUGGUAGCUCUGAAAGAGUUUUAACAAAAUAUUCAAUCUUAGAUUCUAUACCAA